CUCCCCCUCUCUGCUCCUCUCCCCCUCUCUGCCUCUCUCUCCCUUUCUUCCCUCUGGUUUUUUUUUUCGCGUGAAGAUGGCGGCGCCGCUCGCCAGCAAGGCAGGCACCGCCGGCACCGCCGCCAAGCCGCCCUUCCCGGAGCUGGAUUUCCGAUCGGGAGCCAGGGUGGAGGAACUGAAUAAACUCAUUCAGGAAUUCACCAAACAUGACCAGAGGGAGUACGACGACCAGCGAGCCCUGGAGAUCCACACGGCGAAGGACUUCAUCUUCUCCAUGCUGGGCAUGGUUCAGAAGCUUGACCAGAAGCUGCCUGUAGCCAAUGAGUACCUGCUGCUUUCAGGUGGCGUGCGGGAAGGUGUGGUGGACAUUGACCUGGAUGAGCUGAACGUUUAUGCACGGGGCACAGACUACGACAUGGACUUCACCUUGCUUGUUCCAGCGCUGAAGCUGCACGACCGCAACCAGCCGGUGACGCUGGACAUGCGCCACUCGGCCUUGUGCCACUCCUGGCUGAGCCUGCGUCUGUUUGAUGAAGGAACUAUCAGCAAAUGGAAGGACUGCUGCACGAUCGUGGACCAUAUCAAUGGAGCUACCAAUUACUUCUUCUCUCCCACCAAAGUGGCAGACUGGUUCUAUGACUCUAUUAGCAUUGUCCUUUCUGAGAUCCAGAAAAAGCCCCAGCGAGGGAUGCCAAAGGUGGAGAAGGUAGAAAAAAAUGGGACUAUCAUAUCCAUCAUUUUAGGAGUGGGCAGCAGCCGCAUGCUGUAUGACAUUGUCCCUGUGGUGUCCUUCAAAGGCUGGCCAGCUGUGGCCCAGAGCUGGCUGAUGGAGAACCACUUCUGGGAUGGGAAGAUCACAGAGGAGGAAGUCAUAAGUGGGUUUUAUUUAGUGCCUGCGUGUUCCUACAAGGGGAAGAAGGACAAUGAAUGGAGGCUGUCAUUUGCCAGAAGUGAAGUGCAGCUGAAAAAGUGCAUCUCCAGCAGCCUCAUGCAAGCCUAUCAGGCCUGCAAGGCUAUCAUCAUCAAACUGCUGUCCCGCCCCAAAGCCAUUAGCCCAUAUCACUUGCGCAGCAUGAUGCUUUGGGCUUGCGACAGGCUCCCGGCCAGCUACUUGGCCCAGGAGGAUUAUGCGGCCCAUUUCCUCCUGGGGCUCAUCGACGAUCUCCAGCACUGCUUGGUCAACAAGAUGUGCCCUAACUAUUUCAUCCCCCAGUGCAAUAUGCUGGAGCACCUCUCUGAAGAGACGGUCAUGCUGCACGCGCGGAAGCUGUCGUCGGUGCGCUCGGACCCCGCCGAGCACCUCCGAACUGCCAUCGAACACGUGAAGGCGGCCAACCGGCUGACGCUGGAGCUGCAGCGGCGCGGCAGCACCACCAGCAUCCCCUCGCCGCAGUCGGACGGCGGCGACGCCAACCAGCCUGACGACCGCCUAGCCAAAAAGCUGCAGCAGCUAGUGACUGAGAACCCUGGCAAGUCCAUCUCCGUCUUCAUCAACCCAGACGAUGUCACGAGGCCUCACUUCAGAAUCGAUGACAAAUUCUUCUGAGCCUUCAGCGGUGUUUCUUUGGGAUGCUUUGCUUUUCUCCUGGUUUGUUUUUCUUUUUUUUAAGCGUUUCUUUGGGAUGCUUUUCUUUUUCCUGGUGUGUUUUUUUUUAGCUCUUGCAGUGUGCAGGUGAGUUGUUUGUUUUUUCCCCCUUUGGUUUUCCUCGAUGACCUACUCUCUUGGGUCUUUUCUUUUUUAACAUAUCCAGCGUAGAUUGGAUCUGCUGAGAGCAAUCUGAAUAAAUUUAUAAUUCCUGGUUCUGCAGGACAGUGCAGAUUUUGAGACAGACUAUUACUAUUUCACAUGCUGCUUUGAUUUUUGGUGUUUGGGUUUUUUUUUUUUUUCACCCUCCCAGCCCUGUUGUCUGUAAGUGGUUUCUAAAGGAGAACAUGCACCAUAAACACCCAUGACACAGUGUAAUGUACUUCCCCCCAGCCCCCCCCAAGUUUCCAUAAUUUAGGUACAUUAUUGGGCCUGGGGAAGGGACAAUUCACCUUCCAUUCCUUUGGAAAUUCACUUCUUUUUCCAAGAGCUUCCAUCACCCUAAAGAAAUGAGGAGAGACUCUGGGUUGGAAAACAUUGCUGGUAAUUUGAUGAGGCCAAAUCUGCUGGGCUGAAGCCCAGUUCAGCUCUUCUUCACAGUUCUCACAUUAGGGGAGAAAGCUGACUCUGAAGCUGAUGAUGCAGCUUUUAGAGGAAAGAAUUGUUUCUGUUUUGGAUCUACUUUUUGAAUGUAAUUGUUCAUAAUCGGACCUUGUACAGUCCAGAGGGUUGUUUCUGCUGCUUUUCCAUGUGGAAUAAGGUUAUGGAAUGUUAGUUUUAGUGUGUGUAAUUAUUCAAAGCCUUAUUUAAAUUCUAUUAAAGAACAUACCAUUAUAAAUGUUAAUUGCACUAAUGAAAUCUCUGCCAUUACCUCAA